UGAACGAGUCUAAGUCAGAGAUUAAAACAAAGGAUAGAGGGUAAAAGCAUAACAAUUAGGAGUGCUAACAGAGGAUAUUUUUUUCAUUUAAAUUAAUGGAAGGUUCUGAAAAGGAGAUGGAAUAGUGGAGGUAAGUACUCAUUUGCUUUCUUGGAUUUUCAGUAUACUUUUAACUUUUGCAUUGGAAUGUUCUGCCUUGAUAUUGAAAAAAAAAACAAUAUUUCAAGAAGGUUUGGAUUGCAUAACCCUCUUUUUGAAGGGUUGUUACAAAUUCUUGAUUGUAAAGUUUCAAUCUUUAGUAUAAAUUGGACUUUUGAUUUGUUCUGACAAACUGCAAAUUUUAUAAUGUAAAAACAUAUCACCACAAGAUUAUAUAUUUGUAUUGCCUCACAACUUAUCAGUGGUCAAAACCCCAGAAGCUGUCUUCCCCUCAAACCCAAUUUGAAUUUAUCUGUUUCUUAAAUUUACAGAUUUGAUUUGUGGGCUUUUCUUGAUUUAGAAGGAACUAACAAGAUCUUGCCAGCUAUUGAACAUGAGGCUUUAAGUUAUCGGAACGAAGAUCUACCAACUUAUUGGUGCCGGUGGUCUGUCCUCUGUCGGGUGUUUUGCUCUUGAAUACUGUUUUGCUAUUUCAACAACAAUCUUGAAGUUAAGGAUGCCUUUAGUAAGACCUGCUGCAGUUAUGGGAAGCCACGGGUGUUGCUCAGUGAAGGAUGCGGAUAUCACCUCUGAAACAUCAAUGUCCAUGUUUGGCUCGGAUGCUACGUGUACCACUCAAUCUUCGAGUGGUGAACUUGAAUACGAAUUGGAUAGUCAAAGUCAAGACAUGGUUGGCUACGACAGUGACAAGAUGAAACUAAAGCUUCAAGAACUUGAGAAGGUGCUUCUUGAUGAUAAUGCUGCCAAUGAUGACAGCCAGAGUAUGGAAAUCGAAGGUGGGUUGUCCGACACCACAUGUUAUGCCUUACAUCACGACUCAACGAUGGAAUCUUCAUGUUCAGAUUCGGUUCCUAGCAUCAUAAGUACCCCUAGGGAGUUAUCAUUCACUACUCCGAAGAGCUUGCUUUUUGAAUGUGCUGCUGCGAUCCAGAACGGGUACUGCCAUGAGGCGUCGCAGAUGAUAGAUGUUCUCCGGCAGAGGGUCUCUAUCCAGGGAGAACCGUCUGAUCGAAUUGCAGCUUACAUGGUGGAGGCGUUGGUGGCUCGAAUGGCCACAUCUGGAAGGGGUAUUUACAAAGCUUUGAAAUGCAAAAGCCCGCCCUCAUCUGACCGGCUCUCUGCAAUGCAAGUCCUCUUUGAGGCGUGCCCGUGCUUCAGAUUCGGGUUCAUGGCUGCAAACGGAGCGAUACUGGAGACGUGUAGAUACGAAACGCGAGUCCACAUUAUCGACUUUGAUAUCAACCAAGGGAGUCAGUAUUAUACACUACUGCAGACACUGGCCGAAACUCCUGGUGAACGGCCUCAUGUGCGAUUAACGGGUGUGGAUGACCCGGAAUCAGUCCAGCGCAGCGUAGGAGGGCUGAAUAUAAUAGGGGAGAGGCUCAUGCAGCACGCCAAAGACUUGCAGCUCUCGUUCGAGUUCCACGCUGUGGCUGCAGAAACGGCUCUGGUUUCCCCGUCAAUGCUCGGCUGCCAGCCAGGCGAAGCGUUGGUCGUGAACUUCGCCUUUCAGCUCCACCACCUGCCUGACGAGAGUGUGUCAACUACGAACCUCCGAGACCAGUUGCUCCGGAUGGUUAAGAGCUUGAGACCGAAGCUUGUGACUCUAGUCGAGCAGGAUGUGAACACGAACACCAGCCCGUUCUUGUUGAGAUUCGCUGAGGCGUAUAAUUACUACUCUGCGGUGUUUGCAUCUCUGGACGCUACUCUUGGAAGGGACAACCAGGACCGGAUAAACGUGGAGAAGCACUGCCUGGCUCGUGAUAUCAUCAACGUCGUUGCCUGUGAAGGAGAAGAGCGGAUAGAGCGGUAUGAAGUUGCCGGGAAAUGGAAAGCGAGGAUGAGCAUGGCAGGUUUCAACCCGCGGCCGAUCAGUGGGAACGUGUACGGUGAGAUCCAGAAGCUCAUAAAACAAUACUCGGACCGGUACAAGGUUAAGCAAGAGACGGGGACGCUCCAUUUCGGGUGGGAGGACAAGAUGUUGAUCCUCAGCUCGGCGUGGACCUGAUGAGUAUUCGCCGGGAUAUCCAAAGGUUUGAUGGCAUAUUUGUAAUGAUAGGUUUGGACUUCACUUGUCAAAACAUCUCAAACACAAAACUCUUCCAUCAUUCUCUUUAUGUAGUAGUAUUUGUUUAACUGUUGAUGCAGUGUAUUGGGAGUAUGUAUUUCUUCAUGCCAUGAAAACAGAUCAACAUUAUUGAUAGGCAAUAAAAUAUCUUGACCAAAAUUUCAUAGUUUAAA